CGCGGUCACCGGUUACAAAGUCCACGCAGACCGCGAAACUUAGAGUCGCCACAGAUCUGAGAUGGAGCCGAUGGCCCCAAGCACGCUACUCCUGCUGCUGGCGGCCGCCCUGGCCCCGAUCCAGACCCGCGCGGGCUCGCACUCCAUGCGGUAUUUCUUCACCAUCGUGUCCCGGCCCGGCCUCGGGGAGCCCAGAUAUGUGGAAGUCGGCUACGUGGACGACACGCAGUUCGUGCGCUACGACAGCGACGCGGAGACUCCAAGGAAGGAGCCCCGUGCACCAUGGAUGGAGCAGGAGGGGCCAGAGUAUUGGGAUAGGAGCACACAAAGAACCAAGAACCGCGAGCAGACUUUCCGAAGGAACCUGAAGACCCUGCUCAGCUACUACAACCAGAGCGAGGGCGGCUCCCACACCAUCCAGCGGAUGUUCGGCUGUGACUUGGGGUCUGACGGGCGCCUCCUCCGCGGGUACAAUCAGCACGCCUACGAUGGCCGCGAUUACAUCGCCCUGAACGACAACCUGAAGACGUGGACGGCGGCGGACACGGCGGCGCAGAUCACCCAGCGCAAGUGGGAGCAGGAUGGGGUUGCAGAGGGAUGGAAGGCCUACCUGGAGGGCCUGUGUGUGCAGUGGCUGCGCAGACACCUGGAGAAAGGGAAGGACACACUGCUGCGCACAGAUCCCCCAAAGGCACAUGUGACCCAUCAUCCUGGACCUAAAGGUGAUGUCACCCUGAGGUGCUGGGCCAUGGGCUUCUAUCCUGCCUUCAUCACCCUGACCUGGCAGAGGGAGGAGGAGGAACAGACUCAGGACAUGGAGCUGGUGGAGACCAGACCUACUGGGGAUGGAACCUUCCAGAAGUGGGCAUCCCUGGUGGUGCCUUCUGGGGAGGAGCACAAAUACACAUGCCAUGUGUACCAUGAGGGGCUGCCUGAGCCCCUCACCCUGAGAUGGGAGCCUCCUCAGUCCACGGUCACCAUCAUCGCAGUCAUUGCUGGUCUGUUUCUCCUUGGAGCUGUGAUCAUUGGAGCUGUGGUGGCUGUUGUGAUGAAGAGGAGGAGAAACACAGGUGGAAAAGGAGGCAACUAUGCUCCAGCUCCAGGCAGGGACAGUUCCCAGAGCUCCGAUGUGUCUCUCCCAGACUGUAAAGCGUGAAGACAGCUGCCUGGUGUGGAUGGAGUGACAGACGUUGUGUUCAGGUCUCCCCUGUGACAUCCAGAGCCCCCCAGUUCACUCUCAGCAAUAGUGUCUGAUGUUCCCUGUGAUCCUAUGGGCUCAAUGUGAAGAACUGGGGAGCCCAGCCCACCCUGCACACCUGACCCUGUCCCUGCACUGCCCUGUUCCCUUCCACAGCCAACCUUCAUGUUCCUGCAGACAGGAGGGGACAUAUCAAUCCUGUCUCCUCCAUGCUGUCCUGAGCUGCAGUCCUGACUUCCCCACUGAAAAUAAGAAUCUGAAUGUGAACUUGAUUGUCCAUGUCCUUGAUCUCAAAGGUUGAUUGGUGGUAAAAUAAAGGAUUGAGAUAGAGUUUAUGGAGGAAAUAAAUGGCAGCAUGGAGAACCUCCCA